UGACUUGACAUUUGUUUAUCAAAUCGAAUCAAUACGCAAUAAACUUCGCACGAAACAAAGUGAAAAUUAUUCGGUGUAUUGUUUUGUUACUUCGUUAGUCUUAUUACGACAGAGAUCGAAAGUGGACAUUAUAAACUAAAUUAAAAGCGUUCAAGAUGACAAACACGCUAGCUGUUUGUCUCCUCUCUAUAUCAUUAUUUUGUUGUACAAGUUUAUCAGCAGCCCGACAAAUUCCAAAAGAAUGUUCAAAAGGACCUGAAUAUUGGUGUGAAAGCUUAAAGCAUGCAUCCGACUGCGGAGCGGUGCAACACUGCAUUGGCACAGUAUGGGAACAGCAACAAGUCGAAAUCAAAUACAACGAUGUGUCCAACAAUAUUGUACAUCUUUUCAGAAAGUUGAAAGAUGUCAAAGACUUGAUAAAUGAGGAAUACCUAGCGACCAGAGUGAAGUCAGCUUGCAGCGAUAUCCACUCUCCGCCUAUAACCGCUAUGUGCAAGGCGAACACCGCAGUGCUCGACAGCUACCUCAUGCAUGUCUUACAAUCCAAGACCUCUGCAGAAACAAUGUGUCAGAUUAUUGGCAUGUGUAAUAAUGCGAAACUCGAUCAUCUUCUUAACAAAAAGAAAGCAGAAGAACCGGGCAAACAAAAACAUAAACUCUUGGGAGCAUCGAAAUGUACUUGGGGACCCUCAUACUGGUGCAGUAACUUCAGCACGGGUCGAGAAUGCGGCGCGACGCACCACUGCGUCCAACGCGUGUGGUCGAAAAUGACCUUCCCAGAAGACAACGACGGCAUCUGCAAGAUCUGCAAAGAUAUGGUCACCCAGGCCCGUGACCAGCUCCAAAGCAAUGAAACACAGGAAGAACUAAAGGAAGUAUUCGAAGGCGAGUGCAAGUUAAUCCCUAUCAAGUUAGUGACAAAGGAGUGCAUCAAGCUCGCAGACGACUUUGUCCCGGAGUUAGUCGAGACAUUAGCUUCACAAAUGAACCCUGACGCCGUCUGCUCAGUCGCUGGACUCUGUAAUAACGCCAAUAUUGACAAACUUUUGGAAGACUAUAACGCAACCCUUAAACGUAGGGAAGGUUGCUCGAACUGCAGAAGAUCGGUUGGCAUCGUCAGAAAGAGGUUCGACCAAACCAGCUAUGAAAACUUCUUGGUUGGAUUACUUCAGGUCUGCCAAAACAUGGGGUCUCUGUCCGAUUCUUGCUCGAUGCUAACAUUUAAGUACUACGAGAAUAUUCUAGAAGCUGUUAAGAAGGAUUUCAAUCCCCAAUCCGUCUGUCAUCUCAGCGGACAGUGCUCUCAUAUUUUCCAUUCUCACAAUCUUUACACUUUCCCCGAUGAGACCAAGGAUUUGAAGGCUAACGAUGACGUGCCAUGCGAGUUCUGCGAGCAAGUCAUCAACCAUUUGAGAAACACACUCAUCGCCAAUACUUCUGAAAUCGAGUUCCACAAAGUGUUAACUGGUCUCUGCAAACAGACUGGUAAAUUCAAGUCUGAGUGUCUGCAAUUAGUCGAACAAUACUCGUCUGUUAUCUACAACUACCUCGUGUCCGAGCUCAAGCCAGAUAUGAUCUGCGGUUUCAUUGGAAUUUGUACGAAUAAUACAGAUGUUAAUAUUGCUCCGCUGUUGCCUAAGGAACUAGUGGACAAGGCUAUUAAUUUAUCUCCCGAACUGAUUGGUCAAGAUGAGGCCAAUAGCUAUACUACACCGAAGCUUGCUCGCGUGCCAUUGACACACAAGCAGUCUAAUGUAAAAAUAUUGGGAACGGAACCCACCGAAACCCCCGUGCUGCCCAUCGAGAGGAUGUUCAUAGCUACUCCCAAGGCCAACGCCUGGUGUUCCUUCUGCCAGUACUUCCUGCACUACCUGCAGGUGGAGCUCAGUGAUGAUAAUAACGAGGAGAGCAUAAAGAAGGCGGUGGAAGAUGCGUGCGACGUGCUGCCGCAGUCCGUCAGCGACGAGUGCCGGCAGUUCGUGACGCAGUACGGGCCCGCCGUCAUCGCGCUGCUCGUGCAGGAGAUCGACCCCGCCAGCGUGUGCCCCGCCCUGGGCCUGUGCCCGUCCACGGAGGAAGUGCGUCACGUGUCCAUCAACUCGGAGAAGUCGAACUGCCCGCUGUGUCUGUUCGCCGUCGAGCAGCUCGAGACCAUGCUCAAGAACAACCGGAGUGAAGAAAGCAUCCGCAAAGCCCUAGACGGUCUCUGCACUCACCUCUCAACGAAACUUCGAACGGAAUGCGUAGACUUCGUCGACACGUACACCAACCAACUAGUCGAGAUGCUUGUGGCCAAUCUCAAUGCUCAAGAAAUAUGCGUGUACCUCAAACUGUGCAAGGACGAUAAGAAACACGUUGACCCAUUGGCUAUCACGCAUCACUCUAUUGACGAUUUCCAUACGAACCCAGCUCUGAGAGCCGAUAGAAACAACAGGAGAAAACCCAUGCUCCCUGUGGAAAUGUUGGAAAAUGUAGCUGGGGAUAUUAGUACGAACGAAAUACCAGACCAUACGUCGAACGGUCGCCCCAUCAAAAAACCUUCGCAAAACACAAUUUGUGUCAUCUGCGAGUUUGUGCUGAAGGAGAUCGACGAUGAGAUCAAGGACAAACAUAAUGACGACGAAAUAAAGAAGGCGGUACACUCGGUGUGCAGACGUAUGCCGAAGUCGGUGCGGGCGGAGUGCGACCAGUUCGUGGAGAAGUACGCCGACCUCGUCAUCAGUCUGCUGGCGCAGGAGCUCGAGCCCGACGAGGUGUGUCGCGAGCUCAGGCUCUGCGACCCCGCGGCCUUCGACAAGCUUCGAGAGGAAAUCCUGGACUGCGCCGUGUGUGAGACGGUGGUGAUGGCGGUGAAGAAAGUGUUGAGCAACGACAAAAUGGACCGCAACAUCGUACACAUCGUGGAGAAGGCCUGCUCGGCGCUACCCGCCAAAUACAACGCAAGGUGUCACACAAUGAUGGAGAUCUACGGCGAGGGCGUCAUCCACUUGAUCGAGGAGUUCGGUACCAAGGACGUGUGUAAGAAGAUCGGCCUCUGUUCCGCUGGGAACGCGGCUGUUGUCAGCAUGCAUAGGGAUAAUUAGCGUGCUGUAGCUGAAAUAUGAAUAAGCAAUUAACAAUAAUCUCUCAUUUACUUAAGUCAUGAUUUUUUACCAAAUGUCUUUUAGUAGUUUCUUUUCUUAGUUCAUUUUUUUUUUAAAUAAUAUCAUUGAUUUACUAAGUUAGUUGUGCUUAACUUUAAGUUUUAUCCCCCUCGUUCUGGAUAUCUUAAAAUAUGUAUUUUUAUAAAAAAGUUUUGUAUGAUACGUAAGUUAUAAUAAUGUAUAACCCUUUGUGAUAAUCUUUUGCAAGACUUUAAACUAAGUAUAUAUAUAUGUAUGGGUUA